AGAAAGAAAGAAAGAAAGAAAGAAGUUGUUAAAGAUCCUCCAGCUCUGUUUGGUUUUUCCCUGCAGAAAAACAGACGAAGAAGUUUGUGGAGAGGAAACAAAGUUUUUCUGUUUUGGGGAUUUCUGUAUUUUACUCCACACAGAGAGACAGACAGGGGGACAGAGAGACAGACAGAUAACUUAUUUAAAUCUUCCAUCUGUGUUUCAAGAGGCAGUGAGACACUCAGCAUCUGUCUGUCUGUCUACCUGUCUGUCUGUGUCUGUCUGAGUCCCGGAGGACGGAGGAUGUCACCGGGGUGUGUCGCCGCCCUUAGCCGGACCUGCGGCUCCCACGGUGGGCACACAGUGCUCUGACAGCCCGGGGCUGCUGCUCGUGGUGAAUCAGAACCAGAACCGGGACUGGAUUUAGAUCUGGAUGUGUAAAUACGGAUUAAAACAGUGGAUUCGUGGUGGACUGAGCCAGGUUCAGGAUGUCCUCAGAGCUGGCUGUGGGUCUGGUCUUCAGGGUUCUGCUGCCCCUCAGUCUGACUGCAGCCUGUGUGUUGCGGUAUAAUGGAUUCUCUCUGGUCUAUGUUGUCCUGCUGUUGCUGAUGCCACUGCUGCCUGACCCCUCCUCCACCACAGGUAACACGAGUCGCUGUGUGAUGGCAGUGUGUGUCUCCAGUUUCCUCUUCCUGUUACUACAGUGCUUCUUCCAGCUGACCACUGCCACACUGCAGCCUGAGUACAACUGUACGUCAUGGCAGAGAGCUCUCGGUCAGCUUGGCCUGGUUAGUCUGACAGGAAGUGAUGUUGGCUCAGUAGUGAGACAGGUGUUUCCGGAUAUCGGCGUGUUGUUCGUCGGUCUGCUGACCUGGAGGCUGAUUGUGAGACCAAGCGGUGACACACACACACAGCCUCAGCAGGAUGAGGAUGAGCAUCAGGAGGAGGGGCUGUUUGAGAGAGACUUGGUGCCCGUAGGGGAGGAAGAGGAGGAAGAUGAGGUGAAGGGAGAGGAGGAAGGCAGCAGAAACAGAGUUCUGGUUGAACUGGAGUCACUGGUUUGUAAAACCAGGCAGAUGGUGGGAAACAUGACAACGACUGGAGGAAAAGUCCUGCUGACAACUCUACUGGGCCUCACAGGUAUCAUGUUCCCCUCUCUCUCCUCCCUCCUCUACCUACUCGGUUUCCAGUUGUUGUGUACCUGGUGGGCAUGGUCUGGUCAGGUCCCACCCCUCCUCUUCAGGUGUGUGUCUGUGAUGUCACUGCUUUACUCUGCCUCCCACUUCCUGCUCCUUUACUGCUACCAGCUGCCAUCACUACAGGAGGCGUGGCCUCCCAACUGCACAUCUGCCAGUGUGUUUGGUCUGGUGCCAGCAGUCUCUGUGGACUGUGGCACCCCCUGGAGGCUGCAGGUGAACCCUGAGCUCAGCUGGUUUCACUUCAGCAGUCCUCUGAUGCUGCUCCUUCUCUUUCACACAGUGGCCAGUCUGUGGAGGAACCAGCUGAUCAAUGGUGAAGGGGAACUGGCCAUAGAGAGGGUGGAGUCAGCGGUCAGAGCAAGCUGUGACAUCAUCACUGCCACCACCAACCUGAGUGAUGAGGUCAGCGCUGACAUCACAGCAGACAGGCGGAGAGAGCUGUGGAGGAGAGCUCACGAUCGACCCGAGUGCAGAGAUGUGCUGCUGUCAUCAACCAAUGACAGCCCCUCAGACUCUUUUGUCCCACCGACACAGAGCACUGCCCUGGGACGGGAUGUUUCCUCCAUACCUCACUACUCUGUCAGCCAAUCAGACACGUUGGAGACCUGUGUUUUUGAAGGAGAUGGAUGGGAAGAGGAGGACGAGGUGAGGGGUGAGGAGGGCAGAGUCAGUGCUGCCUCCAUGGCCUUCAGCUUCCUCCUCAAACAGAGUUACAUCUGUGCUCUGAUCUCCAUGAUGGCCUGGUCCAUCACAUACGUGUCCUGGCUCACAUGUGUCUUGCUGCUGUGGUCGUGUGUCCUCUGGAUGAUGCGAGAGCGUCGCCAGUACACGCUGAUGUCAUCACCCUGGCUGGUUGCUUAUGGCAACCUGCUGGUCAUCCUGCAGUAUAUCUACAGCUUUCCCUCCAUACAGGAAGUCCCCGGACUGUUUCCCAGAAAAGAUGACCCCUGCAGGGAGCUCGCCUCCAAGUUGUUGUGUCUUUUGACCUUCUGGCUCCUGCUGCGUCAGGCACUGACUGAGAAGAAAGACAGACAGACAGACACACAGCUGUCUACCAUCACUGUCCACAUGGAAGAGGAUCAGAGAACAGAUCAGGGUCUGCAGAAGAAGGAGGAGGAGGUCUCAUAUGAGGAGGUGCUGCUCCUUGGGGGAGGAGGAGGAGGAGGAGUUCAGAUGGAGGCUCUGGUUGCCAUGGUAACCAGGAUGUUUGUUAAAUACUGGAUCUAUGUUUGUGGAACGAUGUUCUUCUUCGUUAGUUUCGAGGGAAAAAUCGUCCUCUACAAAGUCAUCUACAUGGUCAUGUUCCUCUGCUGCGUCGCCCUGUACCAGUUGAACUAUGAGCGCUGGCGUACCUUGCUCAGGGGUUUCUGGGUAGCUGUGGUGGUUUACUCAAUGCUGGUUUUGAUCCUGGUCUACACCUUCCAAUUCCCCUCGUCCCUCCACACCUGGAGUUACUACACUGGACUCAGCACACACAGGUUGGAGGAUGUAGGUUUAGAGAAGUUCUCGGUUCCUGUUCUCUUCACCAGGAUCUUCAUCCCUGCUGCAUUUUUACUGGUGUGUAUCGUUCACUUGCAUUACUUCCAUGAGCCUUUCCUGCAGCUGACCGACCUGAAGACUGUGGUAGACAUGCACAACAGCACCAUCACCAGGUUGGUCCACUCUGAUGGUAGCCUGGUCGACCUGUCAGUGGGCGGAGCCCCUCAGUUCCUCCUGGAGGAGGAGAAGAGAGGAGGACAAACAGAGAAAGAUGACGAGACAGAAGACAAGUGGAUAAAUGAGGAAGAGGAGGAGGAACAGUACCCGUGUGUAUUUGACAGUGAAACCCUGUCUGACCACAUAACAGUGCUGGUGUCCUGGAGGUUAGUGGUGGAUCGUCUCUCUGUGUUGUUCCUGCGCCUCCUCCUCUCCCUUCAGCGCCUGCAGCGCCUCCUCUGGGCUUGGCGCCCCCUGCUGUCAGGAGUCUGUACAGUUUGGACCUGUGUGGUGACCGUCUGUAAGAUGCUGUACCAGCUCAAUGUCGUCCAACCAAUCAGAUACUCCUCCAACUGCACCAUGCCAGACAACUCCAGCAUCGACCUGUCUCGCUCUGUUUUGUACUCUGGUCCUGUUGAUCCCGCCCAGUGGUUGGGGCUUCGUAAGACAGAGGGAAAACUGCUGGACUACCUGAGGUAUAACCUGAUGAUGUUAGCGCUGUUAGCAUUCGAGGUGACCGUUUACCGACACCAGGAGCUCUACCAUCUCCGCCGUAAUAAAGUCCCGCCCCCCACCAGAACGCUGUUUCAUGACAUCACCAGGCGUCACCUGGAUGAUAAUGUCCUAAGCUGUGUUAAAUACUUCCUCAACUACUUCUUCUACAAAUUUGGACUGGAGACCUGCUUCCUGUUGGCCGUGAAUGUUAUUGGUCAGCGCAUGGAUCUGUUUGCUGUAAGCCACGCCUUUGGACUCAUCACUGUUCUGUCACGGCGCAGCAGGAAAUGCAUCGCCUCUGUGUGGCCCAAGUACUGCUACUUCCUGUCAGGGUUGUUGUUUUUCCAGUACCUGCUGUGCAUAGGAUUCCCUCCUGCUGCCUGUAAAGAUUAUCCCUGGAGACCUCCGUCCUCCAACAUGGACUCCAACGUGGUGAAAUGGCUCUUCCUCCCUGAUCACCUGAUGCCACCAAACCCACUCUUCCUCCUCUAUGAUUUCUUGCUCCUCCUUGGGGCGUCACUGCAGCUGCAGGUGUUUGAGGAGGAACUUCAGUCAUCAGUUCAGAUCCUGGCAGGAGACAACAGUGAGCUGGAAGGAGAUGAUGGACAGAUCUUUGAUCUCAUCGGACAACUCCGUCUCAACACGGUCCCUGACUUCAUGCUGUGCAGGUCAUACCUGGACAUGAUGAAGGUUAUUAUCUUCAGCUACAUGUUCUGGUUUGUCCUCACCAUCAUCUUCAUCACUGGGACCACCAGGAUCAGUAUCUUCUGUAUGGGUUACCUGGUGGCCUGUUUCUACUUCCUGUUGGUGGGCGGAGAACUGCUCCUGAAACCAGUUAAAUCCAUCCUGGUGUACUGGGACUGUCUGAUUGGCUACAACGUGUUUGUCAUCACCAUGAAGAAUAUUCUGUCGAUCCUGGCCUGUGGUUUCAUUAAAUCAGUGGUGCUGAAUCACUGUUGGCUUAUUCAGCUUUUCAGUCUGGCUUGCACCAUCAAAGGAUACACCAAACCGGAGCAGCAGAGCAGUAAACAGUGUGAGUUGCCAAGUGAUGAGGCGGGGAUCAUCUGGGACGGCGUCUGUUUCUGUUUCCUGUUGCUGCAGAGGAGGGUCUUCAGGAGUCACUACUUCCUGUAUGUGGUCCUGGACCUGCAAAAUACUCAACUCUUGGCCUCCAGGGGGGCGGAACUCUUCGAGGCAUCCACAGUGAAAGCCGUCAGAGCAAGACUGGAAGUGGAGAAGACUUCCAUGGACCUGCUAAAGAGACAGAUGGAAAGGAUCAAAUCUCGACAGCAGAAGUUUCGCAGAGGAAAAGAGAAAAUGUUGAGUUUGACCCAAGACAGCUUCCACACUGAUGGUCAGGAAAGCAAGAAGGGUCAGCAGCAGGAGUGGUGGAGACCCUGGGUAAACCAUGCCUCCAUGGUGAGGAGUGGUGACUACUACCUGUUUGAGACGGACAGUGAGGAGGAGGAGGAGGAGGAGGAGAAGAAGGAGGAAGAGGAGAAGAAAGAGGAGAAGCUUCCUGACAAAUCAGCCUUUCAGUUUGUCUACCACGCCUGGAUCACUGAUUCCAGAACAGCCAUGAGAGCUCGCAACAACCAGGAGAAACUGUGGAAGAAUACGUCCUCUGAAAGAAGGAGCAGGAAGGAGGAGAAGAGAGGAGCAGCUGGGGUCAUAGAAGUGACAGAAGAGAUGGAGGAGUACAGAGAGGAAGAGGAGGAGAGAGAGGAGGAUCCAGACACUGUAUUGCAUCGGUUCUCCAACACACUGCGGUUCUGUUGGGUUCUGCUGUCGGCUCUUCUGGACUCUCUGACUGCCUGGCUCAGCAGCUUGUGUCAAGAACACAUUGACAUCUCCACUGUCCUCCGCAUUGAGCGCUGUAUGCUAACACAGCAGGCCAAACAGGGAAAUUUGCCCACCAGAGAGGCAAUCAACAUUUACUACCAAGAACAGAUGAUGACAACAUCCAGAGAGUUUGGUCUGGACUACAGUAUCCAUGAGGAAGAGGGGCAGUCCUCAGCAAUGAGAGGAGAGGAGGAGGAAGAAGAGGGAGUAAGGCCUGGUACAGACAAAGAAGAAGCAGGAGGUCAAACAACAGAUGACAAAGCAGAAGAGGACCCACUGUCAUCAAACAAAGGUCCAGAAGAUCCACAUAUUAAACCACAACCAGAGCCGCAUUUAGGAGAGGAUGAUUCAACAGAUCCACAUACUGAAAGAGUAUUAGGAGACGAUCCUUGUGAACACACCAAAACACACAUAUUAGGAAGAUGUUGUUCAUGUAAAACAAAACCAGAAACUGUUCCAGGAAUAGAUCCACUUGAUACAGAAUCGGGGCCAGAUGGUCCUCAUGUACUAGAUGAAACCUCAGGGGCAGCAGAUGCUCCAGCUUCACGAGUUGAAGCAGAGACAGUACCAGUAAAAGGUGAUCCAGCAGUGGAAGACUACCCAGAAUGCAUGGUUGCAAAAACUAGCCAAAAAGCACGACCCAAACUGUCCAGGAUGGAGAGAGUCCAAUCUUCAUCUUCGUCUUCGUUUUCGGCCCCGGAUGAAGAAAAGAUCAGUGGAACACAAAGUGAUGAAGAAUCGAACCAACAACUUCUUGUUGACACACAGCCAACUCACACCUUCACCAGCACCUCUCCCCCCACCUCCCCCUCCUACCUCCUCCUACCCCCCUCCUACAGCCUCGUUCUUGGGCUGGACCUCCAGGAGGAGGAGACAGGGGAGCAUGAACAGGGGAGGAGGAGGAGGAGAAGGAGGGCAAAGGCGGAAACAGGAUCCAGGAAGCGGCUGCUGGUUCAGAUUCCAGGGAAGAGAGGCAACUUCCUGUCUGACUCAGCCUCCACUUCCUGUCCACCAGUGUCUCGCACUCAAGAGCUGACAGCGAGCGAGCUGCUGAGGAACAGGACUUUCUACGACGAGGAGCUGGAGGAAUCGGACCAUUUCUAUGGUAAUCAGCCACAGCUGCUCCAGCUCUGCUACGCCCUCUAUAACAUCCUCGCAGCUAGGUCAGAAACGGUGUGUUACCUGGUAAUUGUGUUGAACCACAUGGUGUCGGCCAGCUGUCUGACAUUGGUUCUUCCUGUUCUGGUGUUUCUCUGGGCAACGCUCUCCGUCCCUCGACCCAGUAAGACAUUCUGGAUGACGGCCAUAAUCUACACUGAGGUUACUAUCGUGAUUAAGUAUUUCUUCCAGUUUGGUUUCUUUCCAUUCAACCAGAAGCUGGAGGUGGACCGAUCCAAACCGUUCCAUCCCCCAAACAUCCUGGGGGUGGAGAAGAAGGAAGGCUACGUCCUGUAUGACUUGCUGCAGCUGCUCACUUUAUUCUAUCACAGAGCCACACUCAAGUGCCAUGGACUCUGGGACCAGACUGUUACCACGGAGAUUGACACGCUCCAACAAAACGACAACCAGGACAACUCCGCAGACGGUACCACCUCGAUUGACAUGGCUGACUCCGCCAAUACACUGCGACGACGAGGCAGGAGACGGACACGCUCCAGCUCCACCCAGCUGCGCUCUCCUGCAGGCAGUGUGAGUUCCAGACCUCAGCAACCCAGCAGGUUUGAUCUGCUCCUGGAGAAACUCAGAGAACUUUCCAUCAGAGCCAAGAAGUACUCUGUUAGCAGGUGUAUGUCUGUUUACCAUCCAGUAUGUCAGUUCUUCAGAGCUCUCGUCCAACCAGAAUACAGCGCUGUCACCGACGUUUAUGUCCUCAUGUUCCUUGCAGACACAGUCGACUUCAUCAUUAUCGUGUUCGGGUUCUGGGCCUUUGGAAAACACUCUGCAGCUGCUGACAUCACUUCUUCCCUCUCAGAAGAUCAAGUUCCUGAAGCAUUCUUGGUGAUGGUCUUGAUCCAGUUUGGUACCAUGGUGAUAGACAGGGCACUGUAUUUGAGGAAGACUGUUUUGGGGAAGUUGGUAUUCCAGGUGAUUCUGGUUUUUGGGAUUCACUUCUGGAUGUUCUUUAUACUGCCGACAGUCACAGAGAGGCGUUUCAAUCAGAACCUGGUGGCUCAGCUAUGGUACUUUGUGAAGUGUGUAUACUUCGGUCUGUCGGCCUAUCAGAUUCGGUCUGGUUACCCAACACGUGUUCUGGGAAACUUCCUGACAAAGAGCCACAACUAUCUCAACCUUUUCCUGUUCCAGGGUUUCCGUCUGGUUCCCUUCCUGACAGAGCUAAGGGCAGUGAUGGACUGGGUGUGGACUGACACCACCUUGUCUCUGUCCUCAUGGAUUUGUGUGGAGGACGUUUACGCCCACUGCUUCGUCUUAAAGUGCUGGAGGGAGUCUGAGAAGAGAUACCCUCAGCCCCGGGGUCAGAAGAAGAAGCGGGUUGUGAAGUACGGGAUGGGUGGUCUGAUUGUUCUGUUACUGAUCUGUAUCGUCUGGUUUCCACUGCUCUUCAUGUCGCUCAUAAAAUCUGUCGCUGGAGUAGUUAACCGACCGCUUGACGUCUCUCUGACCAUCACAUUAGGAGGCUUCCAGCCCAUCUUCACGAUGAGUGCACAGCAGAAUCAGCUCAAAGAUCUGACUGAGGAAGACUUCAGCUCCUUCAUCAGCUCCUAUAGCUACACACCUAGUGCUUUGCAGUUCCUGGAGGCAUAUAGUCGUGAGGAUGUGACGGUGGCAGAGUUGCAGGGCAGCAGUAACUCUCUGUGGACCAUCAGUCCUCCCAGCAGGCAGUACCUGAGUCAGGUUCUCAACCUGGACCAUUUCCCCCUCACUGUGUCCUGGACUGUUCAGAGGAACCUAAGUCUGGGGGCGAAGGCGGAGCUUGCAUCGGGUAAACAUGUGACCUACCUGGACAAUCAGACUCGUCUAGAGCUGAUUGAGCUGCUGAAUGGGACGAGGACUCUUCCUGUGGUGAUACAGGAAGUGUUUCCAUGUUUCAUCCGAGCUCCCAGUGACUCCAACGCCAAACCCAUCGAACAGCUUUACACAGACGACCAAUACAAGGACAUUCUGCUGGCUCUAGAAAGGUCAACCAAUCAGAGCAGAGAGAUCCAGGAGUGGUGGAUCGUCGACCAACCGGCUGCCAGCCUGCUGCAGGUCGGAGCUUCCCUGAGUGACAGGAGGGAGGCAGGGCUUCAGCUGUUUGUGUUCAGUGAUAAAGUCAGUCCUCCAAGUCUGGGCUUCCUGGCUGGAUACGGCAUCAUGGGACUGUACGCCUCGGUGGUGCUGGUCAUAGGGAAGUUUGUCAGAGAGUUCUUCAGUGGGAUCAGUCACUCCAUCAUGUUUGAGGAGCUGCCGUGUGUUGACCGCAUCCUCAAACUCUGCACAGACAUCUUCCUGGUGAGAGAGACAGGUGAGCUGGAGUUGGAGGAGGAGCUUUACGCCAAACUGAUCUUCCUGUAUCGAUCACCAGAGACUCUGAUCAAAUGGACACGACGCUGACCUUAUUGAUCAUCACAUUCCUGAUCAGAAACAUCACACACCUGACAGUGAGCAGAGCAUGUGUUUCCUUCGGCGUUCUCUAAAUGUUACACAGGGAGCCUUCAGGGAUUGUUCUCCAGACAUUCUCCAGACGUUAUUGUAAAGGACAAAGGGACAUCAGUGAUGAUGGUUGUGGAGGAUUCAUUGAGAGAACAUUAGUGGAACAUUACCUGUUUGCUAGGUGACCAAUAGGAGCAGCUGGGAGGCGGAGCUAAGGCUGACAACAACUAUCUAAUGAAAUCCAAACUGAUCUCCGUGGACAGUGGACAGUGUAAUGGGAAUAUUGUAAUAUUAAGAAUUGAUUACUGAUCAUCAAUAACUGCAGGGACAUGUCGCUUCCUGGAAAACCUGGAAUUAUAUAAUGUGGUUUUCAGGUCAUGGAAAAGUCCUGGAAAAAAUUCGACCAAAAAGUCCUGCAAAAUAAAGAAAGGACUGAAACUAGACUACAACUAAAUUUACUUAAUGUUAUAAGAACGCGUAUUCCAGGACCUUUUUCAUGACUUGAUGUUAGGGGACUCAAUAAAGAGGGAGUGACAUCUAUAAAGACUGAUGUGUGAAUUGACAAUAGAAGAAACCAAAGAGUGCCACAGCUGAUUUCAUUUAUGUUUACAGGAGUAUUUAUCUUAGUACUAUGUUUAUUUUGGCUGUGACUAGCUCUGUGUUAACAUCAGCUGUACUUUAAAGUUGUGUUUCUUAAGCUUCUGUAUAGCCUGCUACUUCUCAUUGUAAAAUUAACCUUGGCCUCAACUACAUCAUGUUGGGUCCUUGAUUUUGAGGGAAUUUGGCCUGGAAAGUCUGAAAAGUCCUUGAAUUUGAUGUUUAAGAAGAUGUGGGAACCCUGUUUCUGCAUAAGGUCUAUGGGUCCAUUCUAUGUUAGAUCUAUGUUAGCUUCACUUUAGAUCUACAUUAGCUCUAUAUCAGAUCUAUGUUAGUUCAAUGUUCGUUCUAUGUAAGUUCUGCAACAGAUCUAUGUUAGCUCUACAUCAGACCUAUGUUAGCUUUGCCUCAGAUCUAUGUUAGUUCCACGUUAGAUCCAUGUUAGCUCUACAUUAGAUCUAUGUUAGCUCUACAUCAGAUCUAUGUUAGUUCUAUGUAAGUUCCACGUUAGCUCUAUGUUAGCUCUACAUUAGAUCUAUGUUAGCUCUACAUCAGAUCUAUGUUAGUU